CUUGAGAAGGAGUACGCUAAGGACAGCGAGAAUAGUGGUAGACAGCCGACACAUGGCUUUCCCCUGGUUAACUAGGCCAUGGUAGGCUAAUGAACAACUAAAGAUCCAGCCCAGGAACAGCUUCCUAGUCUCUUCCUGACACUAAUUAGCGGCGGAACCAGCCCACCUCUAUUUAUACAAUUGACAUCUGCUCGUCGGCCGAGAUAGCAUCAAGCUUAUCGCCGAUCGCGUGCUAGCGGGGUAACCUGGCUUUCGUCGAAUACUUUCCCCAGCAUAGCAUAGACUACCUCCCCUCAUUGAUUAACAGUUACUUAACAAGGAUGUUAUAUGAUGACUCACAUCAGGUGUAGCUGCCGAUAAGGUACUCAGACUGAUGCUGCCUGAUAAGCUCGGCUUAUCUGUUCCAUUUCUUUGCUCCUUCUCAUCCCACUUCAAUUGUUCGUCUGGUCCACACCCAAUACACUCUUCUUGAUGGUUAUGGCUUCUGAUGAGACUACCCGGUUACUUCCACGUCCCGAAGACGGGAUUUCACCCGGUCGGGAGGAUAAUGAGACAACUGGAAGCAUUUCUCGGGGUACCGGACUGGCCAUCUUCAUCGCAUACCUAGGUGCCUUCCUGGCCAGCACAGAUGAAUCUCUCGUCAUUGCGACUUACGAUAUCAUUGCUUCCGAGUUCCAUGAGCUAUCAAAAGCAUCAUGGCUGGUGACGGGAUACAAUUUGGGCUAUUGCAUUGCCUUGCCAGUUUACGGUACCCUCGCAGACACCUUGGGACGCCAGAGGUCGAUGCUUCUGGGAUACCUAGUAUUCGCCCUUGGCUGUCUGAUCAGUUCCCUCAGCAAUUCAAUGAACCAAUUGAUAGCCGGACGGAUCAUCAGCGGCGUGGGGUCUUCUGGCAUGGUGGUCAUGAUUUCCAUCAUCAUAACUGAUCUGGCGGCGCCCAGCGAGGUCGCAUUAUUGCGCAGCUACACCAAUGUUGUGAACAUGCUCGGAAGGGGUGUCGGAGCUCCGCUGGGACGUGUUAUAGUGAACUCACUAGGUUGGAGAUGGGCUUUCACCGGUCGGCUACCUCUUAUUGUUCUGUGUCUGUUUCUAUCGCGGGUGCAGUUCCCUACAAAGCCUCGCGCAUCCACUCCCGCCGCGGAGACAUCCAAGAUGGAAAAGCUGAGAAGUCUGGAUUAUUUCGGCAUUUUCAGUUUCGCAGCUGCGGUUUUUACCCUACUAUUAGCUUUGACGACAGCUGGAACACUUGACGGAAAGCUCUCCACAGUGUACGCUCUGCUUGGGGUGUGCGCAUUAGCUACCGUGGCUUUUGUCUGCCAUGAAUGUCUAUGGGCAACAAAGCCCCUGGUACCGUUACGACUGGUCACCAAGGGUGUCGGGCAGUAUUGGCUGGUGCAAGUAGUGUUGUUUAGCGGACGAUGCGGAGUCACCACCACCAUCACACAAUACCUGACACAAGUGAGGCAAAUGUAGGAGGAAGGGGCAACUUUCUUCCUCGUUCUGAGCACCAUGGCUCUGGCGAUGGGUUCGAUCAUUUCGGGGUUCUCCAUCAAACGGACGAAACGGUACAAGAAGAUGAGCCUCGGUUCCGCCGCGAU